UAUCGGGCCACCUGAUUGGAGCCUGGGGGCCUAAAGCGUGUGCAUCCUGCCCCGGGGGACCCACCGACCUGUGGGGCCCGGGACCAGGAGGCAAGUGUCCGCGGCAGCCGCAGGUGAGGGACCCAGGCAGCCUCCCUCCCUCCCUUCCUUCGCUGGCAGCGUCUGCCCCCUGGCAGGCGGCCAGCGGGCAUGCGGAGCCCCCGGUGCUGAUGGUGCCGCCGCCCGUCAUGGAGGGUCCAGGGGACGCGGCUGGCGAGGGGCCGGCCCCGAUGGGGAGGGGGCCUGCGGGGCCCUCGGGAGGCGGUGGCCGCGGCCACGAGGUCCAGAGAGUGGCCGUGAGCUCGUCGGUCGCCUGGGAGCGUGUGGGGCCCGAGGAAGCCCAGGCUGUGGUCAGAGGUGACCUGACCCUGCAGCUGCUGGCCGUGCGGAGGAAGACGGGGCUUCCAGACCCCAGCCUGCAGCGGGCAAUGCGGGCCCGGCUCCGCCUGCUGGAGAAUGACAGCCGGGAAGUGGCCAGCGUGCUGGGGGAGUUAUCGGCCAGGCUGCUGUCUAUCCACAGUGACCAGGACCGGAUUGUGGUGUCGUUUAAGACUUUCGAAGAGAUCUGGAAGUUCUCCACUUACCACGCUCUUGGCUUCACUCACCACUGCCUGGAAAACCUGCUCGUGGACCAGGCCUUCUGGCUGCUUGCGCCCAGCGAAGACGAGGAGACGACCAUCCAAGUCCACGUGGACCAGGAGGCCUUGACACGGACACAGGAGAUUCUCCUCGCCCAGGAGGGCCCUUUCUUUGUCCUGUGUCCCGACCACCACGUGAGAGUGACCACCAGCCCCCGGGGCGCAGGCCCGCAGCCCCCGAGGCGAGCCGCGGGGGUCCCCCAGGGAGACGCAGCCCCAGCAGCGGACUCUAAGGCGCCCAGCCCCGGCACGUGCUCCCAGGACACGGCAGCGGUGGCCGCUCCGGAACCUCUGAUUCCAUUUCAUCAGUGGGCCCUCAGGGUCGCCUGGGACCCCAUCGACGACUCCGUGAGCGGCCCUAUGACGUCAGAUGUUCCGCUGACGGCGGUGGGCCUGGCCUCAGCAGUGGCAGACUACCAGGGCUCCGGGCCUGAAGAGCUGACCUUCCGAGGCGGUGACGUCAUCGAGGUCCUGGGCGCCCGGGUGCCCGGCCUGCCCUGGUGCCUGGGCCGGCACACGGCCUCGGGCCAGGUCGGGUUUGUGCGCACGAGUGUCAUCAGUGUGCAGGGCCAAGUGUCUGAGCUGGAAGACACGAUUUUUCUCGAUGAGGAAGAAAGGUCGUUCUUCAGCAACGAAGGGCGCUUCUCGGACGAGGACGCCAGGCAGUUGCUGAGGAGGAUGUCCGGCGCGGACACGUGCACCGUGUACAGCUUGGACAGAUUAGAAGAGACCGACUUUGAGCCGCCGGAAGAACAAGAAUCACCUCACCUGGACCCAGAGCCACACGAGACCCUACAGAAGGUGAAGAACGUUCUGGAAGAAUUCAAAUCCCGCCAGGACUGCCCCGAGGAGCCAGAGUCCUGGGGUCUCUGCGCGGCCUCCGGCGGCGCGAGCCCACCGGACCCUGAGGAGCCCCCCUUCUGCUUGGACACGGGGGCCGACCGGACCGACCCGGAGGCCCUGGGCUCGCUGCUGCUGUUCCUGGACGCACCCGGCUACAAGGCCUGCUUCCGCGGCCUGUACGACCUCUCCCUGCCGGGGCUGAGCGCCCUGUGCGGCGGCCGCACCGACGAGGAGGAACUGGCCGGGCUCCUGGCGCGGGCGCGGGGGGCGGCCAAGAAGGCCGGCCUCCCCAUGGCCCUCGCCAGAGUCUGCUUCCUCCUGGGGCGGCUGUGCGUGCGCCGGCUCAAGCUGUCCCAGGCCCGGGUGUACUUCGAGGAGGCGCUGGGCGCCCUGGGGGGCCGCUUCGGCGACCUCUUCCUGGUGGCGGCCGUGUACUGCAGCCUGGCCACCAUCCACCUGAAGCAGAGGAACAGAGACAGGUGCGCGCAGGUGACGCCCAAGGCCACGGCCCUGCUGCUGGGGACGCCCGGCCACGGCUGCGGCACCGAGGCCGGGUCGGAGCUGCUGGCGCACGCCCUGCGGCGGGCUGUGGCCGGCCGGAGCCCGCAGGCCGAGGCCCGGGCCUGCUUCCUGCUGGCCAGGCACCACGCCCGCCUGCGGCAGCCGGAGGAGGCCCUGCCCUUCCUGGAGCGGCUGCUGCUCCUGAACGAGGCCUGGGGCUCCCCGGAGGCCGCCUGGCCCGCCGACUGCUACCUGCUCCUGGCCGACACCUACAGCCGGCGGUGCCUGCCGCGCCUGGCGCUGGGCUGCGUCAGGGCGGCCUCGCUGCGGGCCCGGGCCUCGCUGCGCGGCUCGCUCCGGAGCGUGGACCUGGUCCUGCGCAACGCCCCCCGCCUGCCCCGCCCGCCCUCCCAGGCCGCGCCCCACCUCCGGCAGGCGCUGGCCUCCCUGGGCCCCGGCGCGGGCCGGGCGCUGCGCGGGCCCCUGUGCGCCAGCCUGGCCCGGCUGCACAGCGGCCACGGCCAGCACGGCAGGGCCGUCGCCCUGAUGGCGCAGGCCGCGGAGGCGGCCGCCGGGGCCGGGAGCCGCCUGGCGCUGGACUACCUGCUGGCACUCGCCUGGCUGCACGUGCUCGGCGGCCGGAGCCCGGUGGCCCUGGGCGUCCUCGAGUGCGUGCGGGACGGGGCGGAGGCCGGCGCGGAGCGGGAGGGCGUGAUGGCCAACAUGGCGGCCGUGGCGCUGACAAGGACUGGCAGGACCCGGCAGGCGGCCGAGGGCUACUACCGCGCCCUGCGGGUGGCGCGGGGCCGGGGCCGGCGGAGGAACCAGGCGGUGGCGCUGGCCAACCUGGGGGCCCUGUGCCUGCGGGCCGGCGCCAGCGGCCUGGCCCAGCACUACUGCCGGGAGGCGGUGAAGCUCUUCUCGCGGCUGCCGGGCGGGGAGGGCGGCCAGGACUUCACCUGCGUGCUCCUGCGGCUGGGCCACCUGUGCGCCCACAGGGCCCGCGCCCGGCAGGCCAAGUGCUACUACGAGUGGGCCUUUCUGGUCGCUGCGGAGAUGGACCACCUGGAAGGCCAGCUGCGUGCCGUCCAGAGGCUUUGUCACUUCUACAGCACGGUCAUGCCCAACGAGGCCCAGUGCGUCGUCUACCACGAGUUCCAGCUGUCGCUGGCCCGCAGGGUGGCGGACAAGGUGCUGGAGGGGCAGCUCCUGGAGACCAUCAGCCGGCUCUACCUGUCCCUGGGCACCGAGCGGGCCUACAGGUCCGCACUGGACUACACGAAACGCAGUCUGGGCAUUUUCAUCGACCUGCAGAAGAAGGAGAAGGAGGCGCACGCGUGGCUGCAGGCGGGGAAGAUCUAUUACAUCCUCCAGCAGAACGAGCUGGUAGACAUGUACCUCCAGGUGGCCCAGAACGCAGCCCUGUACACGGGGGACCCCAACCUGGGGCUGGAGGUGUUGGAGGCGGCUGGGGACAUCUUCUUCAACGGGACCUGGGAGCGGGAGAAAGCCGUGUCCUUCUACCGGGAUCGGGCGCUGCCCUUGGCCUCCACCACAGGGAACCAGGAGGCCGAGCUGCGUCUGUGCAACAAGCUGGUGGCACUGCUGGCUGAGCUGGACGUGCCCCGGGAGGGCCUGGAGUUCGCCCACAUGGCCCUGGCGCUCAGCAUCACCCUGGGGGACCGGCUGAACGAGAGAGUGGCCUACCACCGGCUGGCCGCCCUGCACCACCGGCUGGGCCACGGCGAGCUGGCGGAGCAUUUCUACCUCAAGGCCCUGUCGCUCUGCAGCUGGCCCCUGCAGUUCGCUGAGGAGACGCUGUACUACGUGAAAGUGUACCUGGUGCUCGGGGACAUCAUCUUCUACGACCUGAAGGACCCCUUCGACGCGGCGGGGUACUACCAGCUGGCCUUGGCAGCGGCAGUGGACCUCGGCAACAAGAAGGCCCAGAUGAAGAUCUACACGCGACUGGCCACCAUCUACCACAACUUCCUCCUGGACCGCGAGAAGUCCCUCUUCUUCUACCAGAAGGCCAGGACCUUCGCCACCGAGCUCAACAUCCGCAGAGUCAACCUGGCCCCGGGGCGGUGCUGGGGGCGGGCGCCCUGGCUGGCCCCCGGCCCCUCGCCCUGAGGACCCCUGUCCGCCCUGGCUGGCCCCCGGCCCCUCGCCCUGAGGACGCCUGUCUGCCCGGCUGGCCCCCGGCCCCUCGCCCUGAGGUCCCCUGUCCGCCCUGGCUGGCCCCCGGCCCCUCGCCCUGAGGACCCCUGUCCGCCCUGGCUGGCCCCCGGUCCCUCGCCCUGAGGACGCCUGUCUGCCCGGCUGGCCCCCGGCCCCUCGCCCUGAGGUCCCCUGUCCGCCCUGGCUGGCCCCCGGCCCCUCGCCCUGAGGACGCCUGUCCACCCGGCUGGCCCCCGGCCCCUCGCCCUGAGGACCCCUGUCCGCCCUGGCUGGCCCCCGGCCCCUCGCCCUGAGGUCCCCUGUCUGCCCGGCUGGCCCCCGGCCCCUCGCCCUGAGGACGCCUGUCCGCCCGGCUGGCCCCCGGCCCCUCGCCCUGAGGUCCCCUAUCCUUGCCUCUCCUAGUGUCUCUGGGAGGCUCAUUUUCUGGGAAACAGAGGCAGGACCGUAGGGGUCUGAUAGCAAUAAACGAUUUUGCGGCAGCCUGCCAAAGCCCGCAAGGCCCCCUCCCCUGGCCUACCGCCUGGGGAGCGUCCAGGGACCAAGCCCCGUCCCCGGGGGCCCGCCCUGCUGCUGUGAGCUGGAAGGACCCACCCGGGGCCAGGUCCCCCUGCCGGCCCUGCGCGGUGUGGCCUCAGGCAAAUCACGCCCCUCGCACCCAUGUCCUGGCCUGUCAGAGCGGAAGGCGGUGGUGGGAUCCCCUGGGCAUCUUCCCCCUUCCCCACGCCCUCACUGUGUGUCAGGCUCUGUUCUCUGCCUUUAACCCUCACGCCGACCUCACCGGGCCCGCACUGUUGGGUCUGUUAUUGUCUCCAUUUCCGGCCGAGGCACAGAGAGGGUAGGUGCCCUGCCCGCCGUCACACAGCAGGUAGGUGGGGCAGAGCCGUAACCACUGUACCACCAGCCCGCCUGCCUCGGGGGGAUGUGUCAGCAUCAGGACCAGGGGCGCGUCCUGGAAGAAGGUGUUAGCACGUCAUUGCACCUCUGCCCCUUCCUGCGUCCCGAAGGCGAGCGAGGGGAACGCGGCCCACACACUCCGUCACCUGAGAGUCCUCUGGCCCAGCCCGGCCGGUCCCACCUGCACCCGCCAGCCAGCCAGGCCGGGAGGGGGGUGGCCUCCAGCCCUGUGCGGAAUGUGCUGCUGUGAGUGCGUCUAGGGGCUCGUCUGGGCCCCCACGUGCCAGGAACCCUCCACUUACAGCCAGGGAAACUGAGGCUCAGAGAGGCCGUGGGCGUCCCAAGUGGUUCUUACCCGCACGGCACUGUUCCGAUCUCUUUUUCUUUAAUUUAUUUUGUCAAACAAGGUGACAUUCACGUAAGAUAAAAUGAACCAUUGAAAGUGA